AUGAAUUUGGUUCGUGUAUCUGGUAGAAUUGGUUUAACAAGUCUUUGGAUAUCUUUAUCAUCUUACUUUUUAUCAUUAGUUCUUUAUUUAAUAUCAUUUUGUUUACCUGAAUGGAUUGUUUAUACAUCAAUUCCAGUUAAAAUUGGUUUAUGGAAUUUAUGUGAUAUUCAAAUAAUUGGUUAUGAUCGUUGUUCUGAUUGGAAUGCUCGAUCUUAUCCAACAAAUAUAACAAGUAUGGGAUUUCUUGGUCCACCUGAUUUUAUUCGAACAAGUCAAUCAUUAGAAAUAGUUGCUUUUGUUUUUUAUAUAAUAGCUGGAAUAUUACUUCUUACUGGAUUAACUCAAAGAUCAAUGGGUUUAUUAUUUUUUGGAUCUUCUAUAUCAAUGUUUAUAACAGUUAUAUUUGUAUCAUCAACAAUUUGUUUAUUUGCUCUACAAGGUAAAUCCUCGCAUACAGGUUAUUUAUCAUUGUCAUGGUGGAUAGCUCUAUCUGCUUUAUUUAUAUCAAUUAUAAAUGCUCUUUCAUUAUUUAUUCUAUCAUUUUAUAUUCAACCAACAAAUAUAAUUCAUCAAAAUAAUAUAAAUGAAACAAAUGAAAAAAUGUUUUAUUCAUUACCUCCCUAUUCAAGUGAUGUUUAUUUGUCACAACAUUAA